UCACGUCUGUCUUCACUGAAAUCCAAAAUCAUAUCAAAACUAUGGCGGUGUUGAGAAUAAGAACAAUGAGAUACUUUGGGGUUUGGACCUUCCUCGUAAUAGUGGCUGUGGUCUGUGCGCAAAGGGUCAAUGACCCUAGCAAUAUGUCAAUCGUAAAAGAAACUGUGGAUAGACUGUUGAAAGGAUAUGACAUUCGCUUGAGGCCAGAUUUUGGAGGUCCCCCUGUGGGAGUGGGGAUGAAUAUAGACAUAGCCAGCAUAGACAUGGUAUCUGAAGUCAAUAUGGACUAUACAUUGACUAUGUAUUUCCAGCAAGCUUGGCGAGACAAGCGGUUAUCCUACUCAGAGAUUCCCCUCAAUCUAACCCUGGAUAACCGAGUAGCGGAUCAGCUGUGGGUCCCGGACACCUACUUCCUAAAUGACAAGAAGUCUUUUGUCCAUGGUGUCACAGUGAAAAACAGAAUGAUUCGACUCCAUCCAGAUGGAACCGUGCUCUAUAGCCUGAGGAUCACCACUACAGCAGCUUGUAUGAUGGACCUGAGACGAUAUCCGCUGGACGAACAAAACUGCACACUGGAGAUAGAGAGCUAUGGGUACACCACUGAUGACAUAGAGUUCUACUGGCGAGGAGGUCAUAACGCUGUGACGGGGGUGGAGAGAAUAGAACUACCCCAGUUCUCCAUCGUGGACCACAAACUCAUCUCUAAGAAUGUCGUCUUCUCUACAGGAUCCUACCCCCGACUCUCCCUCAGCUUUAAGCUGAAGAGGAACAUUGGCUACUUCAUCCUGCAGACCUACAUGCCCUCUAUCCUGAUCACCAUCCUUUCCUGGGUCUCCUUCUGGAUCAACUAUGACGCUUCUGCUGCCAGAGUGGCUUUGGGAAUCACCACUGUGCUGACCAUGACCACCAUCAACACUCACCUGCGGGAGACCCUUCCCAAGAUCCCCUACGUCAAGGCCAUUGACAUGUAUCUUAUGGGUUGCUUCGUAUUCGUCUUCCUGGCCCUGCUAGAGUACGCCUUGGUCAACUACAUCUUCUUCGGCAGAGGACCCCAGCGCCAGAAAAGAGCGGCUGAGAAAGAAGCUGUCGCCAACAAUGAGAAAAUGAGAAUGGAUCCAAACAAGUGGUUGGUGGGAAACGUAGUUCAGAGAGACGAUACUCUGUAUGCCAGAAUGAAACAGAGGGAUAUUGACACUCAUGACUCGAUGUGGGAACCAAUCUUUGUGGACGAUGCAGCGAUAGGACUAGGCGAGGAAAAGAAUAAGAUGGACCCGCAUGAAAAUAUUCUACUGGGCACUAUAGAAAUUAAGAAUGAGAUGGGAGCAUCAGAGCUGACCCUUGGUCUCAGUGACCCCAGGAGCACCAUGUUGACUUAUGACAGCUCCACCCUGCAGUACCGCAAAGCAGGGCUGCAGGCCAGGCACAACUUUGGACGCAACACCCUGGAGCGCCACAUGCCUCAGAAGAAGAACCGGCUACGGAGGCAUGCUUCACAGCUGAAGAUCAACAUUCCCGAUUUGACUGAUGUAAACUCUAUCGACAAGUGGUCGAGAAUGAUCUUCCCCACUGUCUUUUCUUUGUUCAACAUAAUCUAUUGGCUCUACUACGUCAACUAAAUGGACUUCAGCAAGGGCAGAACUAAACAAACAACAAAGCUAGUUUUUCUCUGAAUAGUUAUCAUUUUGCUGUUUGUUCUUGCAACACAAGACUGAAUUACUAAAACAAAAUCAGGACUGACUCCAUUUUACCUUGGAACACCUUAAUUGCUGGCUAACACAUGAAAACCUUAGAGGAGAGAGAGAGAAAUUCAGAACAUAUACUGUAUGGUGCCUGUACCAGAGUUUUUGUUUAUAAUUUUACAAGUACAAUAUUUAGUGAAUUUAGUAUUUUAUCAUUUUUAAACGUUUGUUUGCAUAUAUUUGUAUGUUUUUACAUUUUAAAAUCUUUAUAUAUAUCUAUCUAUCUAAUUUGUUGCCAAAACAUAGUUAGAAAUAUUAAUGAUAUAUUGAUUUUUAAAUAUCUCAGACCACAAAGACACUCCUUAAAACAGUUACAAGCAUGUUCAGGUCAAUAUUUUCUAAGACUCAUUACUUCAAAGAUGUAAUGUUAUUUAUCCUAGAAUUGAUUUUGUCUUUAUAUUGUGAAGUUUCACAUUUUCAUAGUAUUAAUAUAUUAAGUCAUAGUAAAAGGGUUUUACGAUUAACCAACCUUUUCUACCUUGAUAUAGUUGAUAAAUCAUAUUAUUUAUUUUGAAGCAUUAUUUCAAUUCUAUGAAAGUGUUUGAUAGUGUAGUAGAUACUAUUUUAGACAACAGAAACAAACAUCAUUCCUAACCUUGACAGAAGAAACUAGAACGUAAAGUUUAUCGGCCGUUGACAUUGAAUGCUGUAGCAUAGCUAACAGAUAAAUGCAUCACAAAGCCUUUGAUUCAUGAUUUGAUAUUGUUUUCUUAAAGUAUUCAUUCAGAAAAAGUACAGAAUAUUAAAUUGAAAUGUAGAAGUUGAAUAUAUUGCAAAAAAUGAGAAGAAACUGAGAAAGAAAUAGAGAAAGAGAAUGUUGCAUUAGUCUUCAAAGCAGUUUAAGAGUCAGUGAUACAGUGAUAGAUCAUGGAGAAGAUCAAUUGAAGAAAAAUACACAAACGUGUCUCUGAAAAAUUGUCCUUUGUCCAUUUCGGUCCUUUGUUCACAUAUCCGGAAGAUUACAGGAUAAUAUGAUGUAUUUUCUCAUAAUUGUUCUUCACAUGGAUAUACAGAAACAAACAUUGGCUCUAGUUUGUUAAGAAACAUCAGAUGGCAUCUUGUAAUUCCUAUUCCUAAUGAAUUGAGCCAGCAGUUAAGGAUUCUAUGAUAGGCAUUUCAUGAUGCAUCAAAAGACAAUCUUUCCUAUCACCAUGAUGUGUAAAUAUCUCUUGCAUAUGAUUAUUUAAAAAGUAAUGAUAUCUAUCACAGUUCCAGCGAGGAUCCAUCCAGAAUUUGUCCAUGAUAUAAUUAUCUUCAGGAAGUUGGAAGGUUUUGAAAACAAAGGUUUUGAGCAGCUCCACCUUCUUAAAUUAUACACUGUCAUUACUGCCAUUUCUUUAUCAAAUAUCCAGGUGUUGACAGUAACUAUACAAAAUAAAGAGUAUGAUAGAGAGAAAAGGCUGCUCUGCAAGCUGGCAAGAGAAACCACAAUGCACGAAAGCACAAUGCUGCUCCAAAUCUCAAUUGAAAAUGGACUGUCGUCUUAAGAUAAUAUGUUUAUUUCUCAGUUCAUUAAGUUUCUCUACUUUCCUUCCAAAUGAUUACUAUAAGUAUACUGUAAUAAUAUUUAUUUCCUUCCAAAUGAUUACUAUAAGUAUACUGUAAUAAUACUCAUUUCCUGUCAAUGCAUUCCAUUACUCUACUUUCCUGCCAAAUGAUUACUAUAAGUAUACUGUAAUAAUACUCCUUUCCUGCCAAAUGAUUACUAUAAGUAUACUGUAAUAAUACUAAUUUCCUGCCAAAUGAUUACUAUAAGUAUACUGUAAUAAUACUAAUUUCCUGAUAAUGCAUUUUUACUGUACUUUCCUGCCAAAUGAUUACUAUAAGUAUACUGUAAUAAUACUCCUUUCCUGCCAAAUGAUUACUAUAAGUAUACUGUAAUAAUACUCAUUUCAUGUCAAUGCAUUCCAUUACUCUACUUUCCUGCCAAAUGAGUACUAUAAGUAUACUGUAAUAAUACUCCUUUCCUGCCAAAUGAUUACUAUACGUAUACUGUAAUAAUACUCCUUUCCUGUCUGGUUGUUUACCUUAUUAGUAAUACUCCAUGAAGGAUCACCUUAUGGCAACACUGCCAAUAGUAGAGUUAGCAUUCAAUGGAAAUUAAGAAACGUCAUAAACAUUUUGGAAACGGAAACACACAGUAGUACAUCGUACAACUGUUGCGUCUAUCAUGUUUGACCACUGACUUUGUAAAACAACAUUUUUGCAUACAAACAGAUCCAAAAGCCAUAGUGUCUGUAUAGUAGGUGGUGCAACACUUCUUGGUGCUCUUGAGACUGCUCCCUCAAAACAGAGAUAUAGUUAGAAGAGAGAGACUAGAACAUUACAAUUUAUCUCCUAUGUUUCUUGAAAAUGUAUGGAAACACACACAGAGAUAACUGCACAAAUAUUAUAAAUGAUUUAUUCGUGAUUUCUGAUCAUUUUAGUGUUUGGUGACUCCCUUAGAUGAUCGGUAACAAUUAAAUAUAGAAAAUAACCCCAUGAACAUAUGAAUUAUCAUUACAUGCAGAUGUUGUGACAUCACCUCAAGUGCAAUUGCAUGUUUUCAACAAAACGUGGUAUUCACCCCAAAACAAUUCGUAUUGCAUGUUUUCAACAUACGUGGUAUUCACCCCAAAACAAUUCGCAUUGCAUGUUUUCAACAUACGUGGUAUUCACCCCAAAACAAUUCGUAUUGCAUUUUUUCAACAUACGUGGUAUUCACCCCAAAACAAUUCGUAUUGCAUGUUUUCAACAUACGUGGUAUUCACCCCAAAACAAUUCGUAUUGCAUUUUUUCAACAUACGUGGUAUUCACCCCAAAACAAUUCGUAUUGCAUGUUUUCAACAUACGUGGUAUUCACCCCAAAACAAUUCGUAUUGCAUUUUUUCAACAUACGUGGUAUUCACCCCAAAACAAUUCGUAUUGCAUGUAUUCAACAUACGUGGUAUUCACCCCAAAACAAUUCGUAUUGCAUGUUUUCAACAUACGUGGUAUUCACCCCAAAACAAUUCGUAUUGCAUGUUUUCAACAUACGUGGUAUUCACCCCAAAACAAUUCGUAUUGCAUGUUUUCAACAUACGUGGUAUUCACCCCAAAACAAUUCGUAUUGCAUUUUUUUUUCUCGCUUCUUUACAUCUGCAUGUUCUUUUCUCAAUAAUAUCAAUGGACAAAAGUCCACUUCCUUCUCUUUUUUGGGGCUUUUGAUGAAGUCUUCUGACGCUUACUUUUACACAAUCCAAACAAACGUAGCCAUCGCACUCUUGUUGUGACGUGAUGAACAUCAUUUAAAUGUACAGUAUAAGGAUGACCACGUAAUGGUUGAAAGUAAAGGGUUCGUUUAGGAUUUUGUGUGUGUGUGUGUGUGUGUGUGUGUGUGUGUGUGUGUGUGUGUGUGUGUGUGUGUGUGUGUGUGUGUGUGUGUGUGUGUGUGUGUGUGUGUGUGUGUGUGUGUGUGUGUGUGUGUGUGUGUGUGUGUGUGUGUGUGUGUGUGUGUGUGUGUGUGUUUGCAGUGUUAACAUUCUAUUAUGGUUUGAAGUGGGGAUAGAAAUUCAGCUACUUAUUAUUAAGAGAAUGAUUAUAAAAUUGAUGAGUGAUACAGGAUAAACAUGAGACUACGGCUGGAAUUCAGUCAAACCCGCACAGCAGAAAAACAUGAUACAUUUUUUUAACAUACAUUUUCUGGCAGAAAUAGUAAGGAUAGGGUGCAUUUUUACAAGACAUGACCUAAGUGAUUUUACCACCCAUGUGGUUUUCUGCAGUAAAGGUUUGAUUGAAUACACCCUUAUUAACCAUGCAUACUUAAUAUGGUUAUUUAACCUAAUCUAUAUCUAUAUAAUGAUUUGGUUAUAUGGGCUAUUUUUUACUUUUCACUCAUGUUUCAUGUAUCAUUACAAUAUUUUGUUUGUGUAAUUUAUUUACAUAUACUCAUAUGGCCCUAUAUUACAUUUUGUUUAAUGUUCACUCACUCUAUUUUAAGAUGUUACCAGAUCAUCUACAUGUACAUUUGUAGAAGCUUGAAUAUGAUUAAUACAUACAUUGAUCUACAGAAAUGUCUUGAUAUCAGUGUUGUACGAUUUUUCACAGGGUUUGGGGUUGGGCUGUGUUCAAAAACCUGUUUCUAGGUGUGCAUAUAAUAUAUUGUUAGUAAACAUCAAUUGGAGCCUGAUAUUCCUGUAAAUAGAAGACUAAAAUCAAUUUUCAACGUACUUAUUUGUACUUUACUGUAAGACGAAUGCAAAGCAAUUUCAUGGUUUCAGCUGAUAUGACAACGAUAAUGUAAAUAUUUUGAAGAGUACCACUCGAUCACUUAGUAAAACAAACAUUUGUUUUCAUUGUGUUUUAAUGACUCAACUCAGAAUGUCUUCAGUUUUUGCCAAAUUGUCAAGUAUUAUCAAAGGCAAGAAUGUAGUUGAUGUAAUUUUGCAGCACAUGCCUGAGGUAGCUGAGACAUGUAAGCAGGAGUAUAAGCAUUUCUAGUUCCACUGAUUGGAAAGAUACACAUACAUGUGCACACACACACACACACAUAAAUCUGCAUGCAUACACACACACACACCCACACACACAUAAACCUGCAUGCAUGCACACACACACACACACACACACACAUACACACACACACAGGUCAAAUAUAAAGGAGCUUAAUGGGACUCUAAUAGCUAGCGUUAAGUCACCCAUCUCAGGUUCACACAACUAACCAGUUCGCUACUGAAAUGUUACAGAGACGUAUUCAUCUACCCAGUGAUGCUACAAUACAACUGUUUGUUGAUUUCUAUAUUUGCAGUGUAUUAUAUGUAUGUGUGUGUUUGCGUGUGAGAGCGUGUACGUAUGUCAGCCAUUGGGAUGUUUUAAAAGCACAUCUGUAACUGGCAAAAUAUUGGCUUCAUAAAAUGGCUUCGCUUUGAAAAAUGUGUUUGUACCUCACAGCAGUUUUUCUUUCAUAUAUUUUUAUAUUUCUAUAGUCCUAUAAAAAGAUUCCUUUGAAUGAACCAUCUUGGUGACAGUGUAUGUUGGCACACACUCACAGAUGAAGCCUUAGCAUCCUGCCCUGCCCUGGGCAGUCCCUCUAGUGUCACAUCAGAGAGCAGCAACCCCUCCCUCUUCUUCACAAAGAGCACCUCCAGAACACAAUCUAUACUGAAAUCUAUGAAUCUAUGAAUAAUGUGUUUUUAAUACAAGAAAACCUGUGGAGAAAAAAAAUGUCAAUAAAUAUUGUAUAUAGUUCAGAAUCUAUGAAUUGACAUGUUUAUUGCCGCUGUUGUUGGGACUACUCUAUGAUGUUUGUCUUCUCUGUAGGCUUCGGAUCAUUUUCCUGUUAUUCAUCCAUUAAUAUAGAAUUCAGCUUCUGUCCAUCAGUCUAUCAAUCUGCUGCAUCAUUAUAUAGUUUCCUAUUUUGUUACAUUCUGUAUGAAGUUAUGUUAUAUGGUAUAGCACAAUUUAGUCAUGCAUACAUGCAUAAAGAGAAAUUAGGGUAAAUGCACAGUGUUCUCACUACAUAGGCCUACAUAGA